CAUCGCAACUCCACUUACACACACUCUCUCUCUCUCUCUCUCUGAGCCAUCGAAGCUUCGAUCCAUCCUUCCACCGACAUGCUUCGCCGUCCAUCCAACGCCCCUGACCGAGCGGCGCCGCCGAAGAAACGGGGCAGCUACAACUGCCGCCGGUGCGGCCUCCCCAAAAAGGGCCAUGUCUGCCCCUCUGCCGACGGCUGGCCCGCACACGUCCCCCUCCCUCGCUCCGGCCACCGCCUCCGCCGCGCACUCUCCUUCGACGAUGAUCGCCACUCCUCCCCGCUGCCUGCCUCGGCGAUGGAGGAUGACGGCCUGAUCGGGACGACGGCCUUGGUGGCUGUAGAGAAUCCGGAUGGGGUCGUCGAGGAGGAGGAGGAGGACGAGGUGGGGUGCGGCGGAGAACGGACCUUGCCCGCGUCGUGCAUGGUGGAGGUCCUACGGCGAUUGUCGCCGACGGAGCUGAUGCGGGCGGCGGCGGUGUGCCGGGGGUGGAGAGAGUGUGUGAGGAGGGUGUGGCGUUGCGCGGAGGAGCUCAGACUUAGGGUUUCUCCUAGAUCGCAGGUGGCGUUCGUCGGAUCGGUGCUCCACAAGUGUGCCGGAUUGGCCCGGCUCACCCUGAGGAUGGAAAGUGAUUUUGAUGCGACAACGUUAGCUUGUGUUGCUUUCUCACUGCCUAAUUUAGAAGCUUUUGAGCUAAACAUGGCUGAAAACAUGGUCAACUGGAUAACUGGGGAUGAAUUGGGUAAUUUUGCUGCCAAGAAAAGAUGUCUCUCUACUCUUAAAUUUGAGGGUUGCACCAACAUCGGAUUCGUCAAUAUCUCUUCAUCAAGCCUGUUGAUGCUCUGGCUAUCAGAUCUUUAUUGUAUUUCAAAAAUGGUACUUAAAUGUCCUAAUCUAAGAGAGCUUUCUCUUGAUUUUACUCGACAAGUUAAUGAUUCAACAGAUCUUGCUACAAUGCUGGAAAGUCUGGGGUGUACUUGUCCAUGUCUAAGAAAUAUUCAUAUUGCUUCACUUCAACUUUGCAAUGAAGCUGUCCUUGCUCUUGCAAGUGCUAAUAUAAGGGAUUUGCGUAUGCUCUCUUUGGUUCUAGGCUCAAGAAUCACAGAUGCUGCUGUGACUGCUAUAGUUUCAUGUUACACAAGUCUAGAGUUGCUUGAUUUAAGUGGGUCAAGUAUUUCUGACACUGGAAUUCGUAUGAUAUGCAAUGUGUUUCCUGAGACUCUCUCCAGACUACUACUUGCUCUUUGCCCAAAUAUUACGUCGAGUGGGAUCCAGUUUGCUGCAGCUCAAUUGCCUCUUCUUCAGCUAAUUGACUGUGGGAUGAGCAUACGUGAUACUGAUUCCCAGUAUGAAAGUUCUAAACAAAAUUUUAGUCCCAUUAAGGGGAGGACUGGCGAAUAUAAUAAGUACCAGAGACUAUCUACCACAAAGUCAAGUCACGUCUACCAAAAGCUGAUCAUAAAACAUGGAAAUUUAAGGAAGCUCAGCUUAUGGGGUUGCUCAGGUUUAGAUGCCCUUUACUUGAACUGCCCAGAGCUUAAUGAUCUAAAUAUUAACUCAUGUACAAACUUGCAUCCAGAGGAAUUGUUGCUCCAAUGCGAAAAAUUGAAGAAUGUACAUGCUUCUGGAUGUCACGAUAUGCUAAUUGGAGCAGUGCGGAAUCAGGUACCAAUUCUUGUACUGAAUGAGUUUUCUACUGCCGAAAACCAUCUACCGUGUAAGCGACUAGCUGAUGGAUCAAAAAGGAUUCAGGUACCUCAUUUUGUUCAGCAGCUAUCAGAUGACAAGAAGCAGAAGAGGAAACUGCUGACCCAAUGUAUUGUGCAUCAUGACUAACAAAUGCAAGUAUGUUGUGCAUCUGUCAUCCCACUGAUAAUGCAUAAGCAAUUCAUUUCUUCUUUAUGUUGUACCAUAUCCUUGGGCCUUACCCUCAAUCCUCUCUAUUGUAUCAGCUCUAUGACUGGACUUUUUGGAGUUCAGGAGAUUGUAGAAGAAUAAAAGUAUUUCCAAUGUUCUACUGUUUAACUUCAAGAAUAACCAUUCUUUCAAU